CAUCACUCGAGCAACAUAUCUCCCAGGUAUAAAAGAGAGGUUGGUUCUGACAUCUAGGCUCAACACUCCAUCGCCUCAUCACCCCAAAUAUCACCUCAUCGAGUCCCUGUCAUCUAUAAGCCUUCCAAAGCUCUCUUAUCCCUUCAUUGCCAAGAUGGUUUCCUUCAGUUUCGUCGCUGUUGUCGGCCUUGCUGCGCACAUUUCUGCUCUCAGCCCCCCUCUUCCCGGAUACGGUAUCGCACCAGUAACCUGGGAGGUUGAGACGUCACCGGGUGGUCCGAAGGUCAACCUAACCGGCACGGUCCAGGAAGUUGUUGCUCAACUCAUGGAGCUCGACCCCAACUAUGGAGCUCACUUCAACAACGCCACGGCGAGCGUCGUCGAGCAGCAAGAAAAAAACAAGCGUAUGACGUCUCUCAACAAGCGAGACACCCGCUGUGGAGGACUUGGAAACGCCCAGAAGACCGCCAUCCAGAAGGGUAUCAUCCACUUACGGACCGUCAAUGGCCGCCCUAGUAACGGCCCUGGUCCAAACAACUGCGGCCGUGUCAGCUGCUCUGACAACAGCGCCAUUUGGUGGUGCAAUGAUAACGAUAAUACUAAGGUCCUGGGCUCUUUCAAUAACCUUGCGGACUCUGCUCAGGUCAUUCUGAAUGCAUGCUUCAAGUCCGGUGCUCUCCUUGGCGGCGGCCAGGAGGAUCACACCGACAAGUGGCGGGGCAUUGUCAAGGAGGACAGCUGCUAGACCAGAGGCAUCUCCGCAUGCUCUGCGAUGAGAUCAACGGGAAGCCUGCGAAAAGAGUCUGAAGGUGCUGGUACUUGGAAGCUUGAGGCUGGAGUUGAGAGUGGAGUUCGAGGGUGGUAUCUCGUCAAUGUUGGAUAUCAAAGUUGCAAUAGGUUUGCUAGAUGCAGAAUUGUCC